GGAAAGAACACUGUAUAGAGGAAGUCAAAAACUUCAUUCGUCAAUAUGUAGACAAAAUAUGGAUAUAUCACUGAAUAAAAUAGAUGAGUAAAGAUGUUCCGUACUGUCUGUCAGGAGAUGCAAUCACCCUCCCCGGCUCUUCCACCUCCUUUACCUCCUCCCCACCACACUCUGGGCCCUAAACCUCCAAAGCCAGCACCACAAAUCAAUGGAGAGGUUCCAGAUGCACGAGAAUCCAUCGAUCAGCGCUUCCUAUUCUGCCACAUUUGCCAAGAGACUUACAGAAGACCGAAAGUUCUUCCAUGUUUACAUUCAUUUUGUAAACCGUGCCUGGAGGAUUACGCGGCCCAGCAAGCACAGGAUGGCGCCGUACCAUGCCCAAUAUGCAACUGCCAGGCAGUUAUCCCAAAGGAGGGAAUCGCCGGUUUCAAGACUAAUACAUUCAUUAAUAGCCUCAAUGGAGGUGAUGAUUUAGCCAAUGGGCCAAGACGUUGUGACUUUUGCGUGAAACGAGGAAAAACAGCAUCAGCCAUAUUGAAAUGCUUAGAGUGCCGGGAAUUCUUAUGCGGUGCAUGCUCAGAGAAUCAUAAACUUACGUCAAUUACAAUGCAUCACCACACACUCUCAUUGGCUGAUCUUAGGAGUGGGCGGUACAGUCGAGAGAUUCGUGCCAUAGAACAAGUUACAUGUGACAUCCAUAAAAAUGAAGUAAUCAUGCUCUAUUGUUUAAAAUGUCGGCAGCCAAUAUGUCGUGACUGCAAGGUGAAUGCCCAUGAUGGUCACGACUGUGCUCCACUGAAGGAUGCAACAGAGCGCCACGUAUCUAAGGUGAGCACUUUAAUGGAUAAGCUCAAAUCGCACAUGGACCUUGAAACAAAGAUGCUAGAAGACUAUAACGACUACAGCUCAAAGUUAAAGCUAAGCCACACAGAGCUAGUACGUGCCAUUCAACAGCGUGAUGACGAACUAUGUGAACUAGUACACAAAUUACGUGAUAAAACGAUAGAGCGGGAAGCUAAGCUUUAUCAAGAUGAGAAGAAAUACAUCAUGGAAGAAAGAGACAGGAUGCAUGGUAAUAUCAAUGCAAUGAAUACAGCCCACAGUUUCACAGAAAACAUUCUCAAACAUGGUCAAGAUGUUGACAUCAUGUCCCUCAGUAAGCCCAUACUAGAUCGCAUAGCCUCACUGUGCCUACCCCAAGCAAUACCCGACCGUAAAAAAUUUUCCUUCCAAC